GGAAUGUUUUGAUGGUUACACCGGAGAGCUGUCAAACAGAGGUGCCUCCUUCUUUACCUGUACAGUAAGACCUGCAGGAUGGCCCAGGCAGACAGCAAGGUUCUGGUUCUGGGAGCAUUGGCCGGGGUGGCUGGUAUCAGUUUGGCUGUGGUGUGUUACCGGGGCUUUAGGUCAAGACGAAGAGGCUCGUGGCCGGGGUUCUACGUCAACCGCACUAAUGAACAGGGGACUGGUCUCAUGUUGGUGGAUGGACCGGGUCUGCCCAGCGGUCAGGCUGAGGUGCUGGAGCGCCUUGAGGCGCUGAUCCAGUGUGUGUCCGAGCUGAAGGAUGAGAUGAAGGCGUUGAAGAAUGCUCUGCCGACACUGCAGGACCAAGUCAGGGAAGAACUAAGGGGACGUGAUGAGGCGCGUCGAGCCAGUCCUCUACACAGGACCACACCAACACGGAGGAAAAGAGCUGCAGGCACCAUCACUGGCAGUAGAGCUGGGGGUCGGAGCUCGGAGGAGGCUGAGAGUGAGGGAGGGUAUAUGACUGCACUGACAGACUCUGAGGAUGAAGAGCUAAGUGAUGCAGAACAGAGGGAUGAAGAACAGCCUGUGGAAAAGUUGUCUGUCCUCCUCGACAGGAUCGAUCGUUUGCAUCAGGGCACUGAAUCGGACAAAAGGGAAAGCCUCGACAUCCUUUUGGAGCAGAGAGAGGAGUUUGGACAGAACUCGACGUUUCUUUGGCGGCUAAUCCGAGCUUACUGUGAUGUUCAUGAUGUCAGCUCCACUCUGGAGGAGAAGAAGACCCAUGCAGAAACUGGGAAGAAAGUUGGUGAGGAGGCGGUGAGCCUGAACCCUACAUGUGCUGAAAGUCAUCAGUGGUACGCCAUCAUGUGUGGAAUCAUGGCAGAAUAUGACACGGUACAGAACAGGAUAAAGAACGGAUACAUCUUUAAGGAUCAUCUGGAUAAAGCCAUUGAGCUGAAGCCGCAAGACCCCAUGUCCUACUACCUGCUGGGCCGCUGGUGCUACGCUGUAGCUCAGUUAUCAUGGAUUGAGAGGAAAGUUGCAGCAACAUUAUUUGGAGAACCUCCAAGUGCCACAGUGGAAGAUGCACUGAAAAACUUUAUUAAGGUUGAGGAGAUCCGUCCAGGAUAUUCUAAACUCAACUACGUGUUUCUAGCCAAGUGCUACAAAGACCUGGGGCAGAGGGAAAAAGCUAGGAAGAUGUAUGAAGCUGCUUGUUCAAUGAGUGUUGUCUCCAAAGAGGAUGAAGAGGCACAAAAGGAGCUGGACUUACUCUGCCCAGUGCUUGGAGUGUGACGACACAGAGCAGCAGCACAUUCUUUUGGAAGUUUAUUUUCCAUGUGCUACAGGUGCCGUGUGUGUGUGUAUGUGUAUGUGUGUGUGUAGUGUGUACUGAGAGACCAUCAUAUUAAUUCACUCUGUGAGUGGGGAGAGGUGUGAUGUGGCAUUAUAUCACCAUUGGGAACAAUAGGCCGCCACAGUCAGAACCGUCCCGCGUGCUUUUAAAUCAGACUUGAAUUCUGAUGUUGUGUUGUUCUACAACAACACAACAUUUUUAAUGGUGGAAAACAAACUUCACACACGUGGCUGUACAAAAUCAAUGCAAUCAUUUGUCUCCCAUGUCUCAAAUAAUGACGUCUGUCGCCAUCAAAUCUUUUAGAUUGAUUUUUGAUGAUUUUAUUUUUAUAGAAAUUGGACUAAUCAUAACUUGUAGUAAAUUCUGUGUGAUUGUUAGUCUAACUAUCUGUUGCUGUCUGUACAGCGUGUAGCAGACAUUGUCUCAGAGAUCUGAUUGCUCCGAGUUUCCUUGACAACAAAGACAUGUCACUUUUUUGGAAAGUGACCCGUGGGGACUUGCUGUUCCUUCCUCCUCCGUCCUGUUUUUUGUUGUGUCUCCCACCACACAUUGAAGUGGCAAUAACAAAAGCACCUCAGACAAUGGCGCACCCAAACAAAGAUCUAGGAAUGCCGUGACCACUGGACGACCUCUUGCCCUCUUCACUCUGCCGUCACUCAGAGCAGCAUUAAUGCUCACUGGGCACAUUUACAUGCAGACUUUUAUAGAAUAAUUUGAAUCGUGCAGUGAACACAUGUAGAUGAAUAUGUUCUUUUAUCUUCUCUUUCGUGAGAUCUGAUGUACUGUGCUUGUUGACUUUGGCAUCUGUUCUUUGAAGACAUUCAUUAUUCAGUUACCUCCUGCUAUUAAUCUCCUGUGACAGUAAUGUCACUCCAGUAUAACUGCAGUUUAUCAAAUGAUCCAACAUGAAGACACAACAUCUUAGCCCUGGGUGCAGUAAGUUUUUAAUGUUUUUCCUGGACCACUGUUCUACGGAUCUGUCAGCAACGCUCACUAAAUCAUUUUGCCUGGAACUAUUAGAAGGACUUUCACACAUGAAUAUAUCAGUUUACUGAAACUACAUGAUAUGUCUUUCCUUAUAUUUUUGGUUAACAAUUGGCCCUGGGCAUUUGAUUUUUCCGAAUUUGAGACUGUAGAUCUGCACUCUUGUAUGGUCGCUAAAUCGUUGGAGGGGGGAAAAAAAAAAAAGCAUGUCAGAAGGGUUUAGCAAACAACCCAUAACUGAUUUCAGUGAUUUCCUAUUAAAGGGUUAUAUGAAGCACCUGACAGAUGUUUUUCAGCAACCCCCCUCCACCCCCCCCCCCCCCCCCCUGCCUCUUUAUAAUCCAGAGUUCCUGUUGGAACCUCUCAGGAAGGUUUUUCCUUCAGGAUGGCUGCUUAAAGUCUUUGAUUUCCCCCAUGUUCCCCUUUUUUUUUUUGGCUCUGACUCCUUUAUACUUUAGUUGUAUUUUAUUGUUUUUAAAUCUGCGUAAUCUAAAGUCAAUUUUAUUGAGACACCUGAUUUAUUCAGAACUUUUCCAAUGUCAAAGAAAGUGGAGAGCCAUCCCAAGCACACCACUCGAACUCUGUAUGCCAAGUUAAAAAAAAAAAAGGGUUUGAUAUUUAUAGAAGGCUCCUAUUACACUGCAUAUAUACAGCACCUAAUUAGCCCCAGUUUAGGUUCAAUUAAGAAUGUAAAAAAAAAAAACCCACCCUGGUUAAGUCUACAUGGUGAACAGUCUUUAAGACCCGGAGUGACAAAAUCUGAUGAUAAGGCUUCAUUAGUGCGCUGAAGAACUAACAUAGAUGAAGGUGUUUAAAAAAAAAAGACCUUACUAACGUGCAUGUAAAUUUAGUCACUGAAGGGAAAAUUUAAGGGCAGGUUCUUUUUUUGUCAUCUGUACUUCUCUGUGCACUGAUGGUUCUCCAGUAAAACUGUAAUGAAUAAAGCAUGGUGUGAUGGUGCAUUCGAUUGCAUUCCAGGUUAGAUAAUGCCACUAAAAUCUGAAGGAAGGGUUGAAUAUUUUAUUUUGGUCAUUCCUAAUUGUUACGUGAAUGUUUCUCUUCAAUCUUGUUGAUGUGUGAUACAUUUCAGACGUGCAUAUUGUAUGAAACUUUUUACCUUUGUUUACUCUUGAGAUUUUGCUUUGGAGGAUUUUUAUUGAUUUAUAGUCUGGUUAAUCAUAUUUAAUCUUAUGUUUUAAGGCUACGUUGAGAAAAUUACACAGACAAUUGUUUUUGUUUGUCACUUUACAGAUUUUUCUACCGGCAUCACGAAUGUAUUUGAUUUUUUCAAAUGCCAAAGCAAGUAAAAGAAUUCAUCGAGGUUCUAACAAAUCUGAUACACUACAUAGAAAUUUUACUGUACAAUAUCUUAGACAGUGUGUACUGAAUGAUUAACAGUACUCAAGUUUAUAAUUAAAUCUGUGCAAUCCUGA